UCGUACAAUCGCGGCGCAGACAGAAAGUUUUGGAAACUCAUGAGCUCGUCGCCACGCGCAAACUUUUCCUCGCGAGGAACCAAGCAUGACAGACGAUGGCUGAUGACAGGCUUCAACUUUUGCUGGCCGCGUCCUCCGACAGCCACUCAGCAACCGGAGAAAUGAGCACCUUUUUGGAAGAUCGUGUGGCGACGACACAAAAAAGGAAGGCGAGCAGCGAGGAGAAACCAAAGUUCGCUGACCUCGUACCGCUGAGGAUGACCACCGCACGCGAGGUCGAUGCGACGUCAGCGUCCCCCGCGAAGAAAAAGAGCCGGCGAAACCUGCGCCAGUCCGCCAGUGGCGUAGCGACCAGAGGGAUGAGCAGGAAGUUGAACACAAAAACAGAGAUCAUCACAAGCGGGCAGAGAGGGGAACCAGCUCGAGGGUCCGGGAAGGGCCUCCCCACCGCGAGCAGCACUCUCGCCAAAAGGUCUGAGGGCCCCGCCAAGGCCAAACCCACAAAGACGAUCUGCAAUGUCCAACUCGACUCCAGUGCGAAGAAGCAGAGCGGCAAACCAUUCGGAGGGCGCGCCAAGAGAGGAAAUUCCGCCACGGAAACUCUCGCCAGCAAGAGGAGAGGAAAACCAACGCAGGGGACGAUAACGACCGUGCUGACUAAAAGGACCGGGAGAAGGUCCAGCACAAGGCCAGAAACCCCCACAAAGAAAGUCAGGCGUCAACGGAACGGGGAGCCCGUAAAAGCUCUUCCUUCUCAAGGGAACAAGAGAAAGUCUUGCGCAAAGCCGGCGACACUGGCACAGAAACCAAACCAUAAACAUCCCCGAGGCUCAAAGAAGACAGCGCCGCUCAAAAGAGCAAGGACCGAGUCCCGUACGCAACAAGCACACUUGGGAAAAAAGCAGCGGGUAAAAACAAAAGAAGGACUCGUCAAUACCAGCUCGCCGAGAGCCAUCAAGAGAAAGUGGGACACAAAACCGGAGCUAUCGACCAAGAGAACCGAAUCCACCGACUUGGCCAAAGAGGAUUUCCUGGUUAAAGGGACCGAGAAAAGGUUGGGCACCCCCACAAAAAAUCACAGGGCUAAAAGGACUGAGGACCCGGUGAAAACAACGCCGGGCACCCAAGCCAAAAGAAAACGCAACUCCGCACCAAAGAGCGUCUCAAAGAAGCGCAGCGCAACACCCGCUGAGCCGUCUGCCUUCUUUUUUGGGGAGACCAAGAAAGAGGCCCCAACCGAGCGGCUGACGUCGAGGAAGACGGGCGGCGAUAUUGCAGCCGGCUUCAAAAGCUCGUCGACGACCUCCCGACAGGCUGCAGUUCAUCGAGCUUUGUUUGCGCAGAAAUAUCAGCAGGUCAAUAAGCUCGGCGAAGGAGGCUUCGGAUCCGUUUACGCCGGUUACAGGAAGAGCGACUCGUUCCCGGUGGCGAUUAAAUACAUACCCAAAGAGGUUCAAAGUGUCCCACUGAACAUCAACGGAUCGAAGAAGGACAUCCCCAUCGAGGCCUUGCUCAUGCUCCAAGCGUCCAUCAAAAAGAACUCGGACGGGAAGUCCGCAGUUGUGUCGUUGCUGAACAAAUACGAUCUGGAGCACCAGAUCGUGCUGGUGAUGGAGAGGCCGGUGCCUUCCGUGGACUUGUUCACGUACAUCACCAGAUGCCGGCUCGGCGCUCUGCUGGAGUGUGAGGCAAAGAACAUCAUGAAGCAGCUGGUGGCGGCAGCGAUCAACAUGCACGCUGUGAACGUUUUCCAUCGAGAUUUAAAGCAAGAAAAUAUUCUCCUGGAGGCCACCUCCGGCGUCCCUCGUGUGCGAAUCAUCGAUUUCGGCUGCAGCUGCUUGGCGAGCAACGAGCCUUACCGGGACUACAACGGUAGGACGGUGACAUUUGUCCGCCUCGUCGGUCAUUUGUUGCAUUCGGGCUCCGUCUCCGUCCUCGCAGGCACUUUAUGCUACGCUCCCCCGGAGUACAUUUUACGACGGACGUACAGCGCCGCUCCGACCACCGUGUGGCAUUUGGGCGCGCUGCUCUUUGAGUUGAUGGCCGGAACCAAACGCUUCGACACGGUCAUGUUUCUGUCCCAGAUGCUACGACUGAAUCGGGUCCUAUCUGAAGAAUGCGAAGAUUUCUUGUGGAAAUGCUUGAAUUUGGAUCCGGACAAGCGGGCCACCCUGGAGCAGAUGCAGCAGCACCCGUGGCUCAUUUGAGAGCGCGCACUUGG